ACCACAACAAACAAUGCCGAAAAACGCGCGGGUGACACUUUGCCACGGUCCUUAUGAGUCCAAUGGGGUCGUAGAGCACAGGUGUUUCCGCCUGCAGGGCCUCCAGGCCGUCCUGAGAGCGCGCGGGCAUCAGUGCGUCUUGGAAGAGACGCACGAGUGGAACAUGGUGGAGCUCGUGGUCAACGGGCAGGUCAUCUUCAGCUGUUACAUGAAGCAGCUUGAGUUUGGUGGAGAUGGGAAACUGGACCCCGUUUGCAAGGAGGCUGUUUCUGCUGUGGAGAACGCUUACUGAAACAGACACCUGCUCCUGAGCUACUGAAUAAAAAUAACCACCAUGUAUCUGUCUCAGCUUUGUUAACAUUGGCAAAAUGAGCAAAGGAAGCAUGUUAUUCAACUUAAAUAGAUUUUAUUGCACAUUUUAUUGUUCCCAGGGGAAAUGCAACUCUAUCAAGAAGUUGUGCAUAUGUUUCAAUGCCCACAUUAAUAUGGAUUUUUCAAUACAAAACUAACACACGUAAACCUUUUCUUUUUUUUUUAAAAUGUAAAUUACAUUUGUGUAUGGCUUAUGGUUAAAUCUCCCAGCUGGAAGUGG